GACGAAGGCUGGGGGAAGGGGCCGGGGCAAGGCACCAGGUGUUAGCAGAGCCGGCGUCGCUUCAAGUCAUUGCAGUCGGCUUCAGUUCAGUGCCUUUUAAACUUCAACAAACAACGGACGCUUCACAUUGUAUGGAUAACGAAUUCGUAUUCUACUGAGAAACAAAAUCCGUUAUUUCAUAAGGAGGACAAAAUAUAUUUGAAUUGUGAGAGAAAUGGUACAGUGCAUCAACUAGUUUUUGAUAUAACUGUUUUGUGGGAAAAUAUAGCCAAUUGUUUUGUGAAAAUUAUUCCAACUCUCCAGUUAACAAAAAAGUGGUUUUAAAAUAGAGGGUUAGGACUAGUGGAAAUAUAAAAUGGCACGCUACGAGUAUCCGAACAUGUACUACGCCUACAACGAGACUUUUGUGGAUGAUGAAGGGUUUCCAUGCUUCCGAAGAAAUCCACAACAGAACCAACAACAACAACAGUCGCCCCAAAAACAACAACAACAGAAACUUCCACAACAACAUCAACAUUUUCAACAACAAAAACAUUUCCAACAACAGCAGCAAUCUAAUAAACAACAAUACGAACCACAGCAAAGACGGUACGAGGAACUAAACUUCAACCAAAGCUCCCCCGAUGACGGAGAAACAGAGUUCUUCUUAGAUGACGAAGAAGACGACGAGGAAUUUCUGUACGACGACCAAACCGAGCCACACUACUACGACGACAAACUCGACUACCUGAAUCUGUCGGUACGACAGGGGGUCAGCGAAGGAAGCACACGUCUCAACCGCCACUCGGAAUCGUCAUCAUCGACGGCCACCUCCAACAACCAACGCGGCAAGGGCGCUCGCCAUAGAUCGUCGAGUGUGCCUCGCAGCAGAGGCAAGUGCUCGCCGAGGCAGGACGUGUUGGCUCCAAUGGUCGCUCAGGCGGCCGAGCGACAGCAGCAGCAGACGACUCUGCGUCGCUCGCACUCCACCAUCAUCCAGUCCAACAGGGACCGCGCUCGCGCUGCACCCACCCAACACCAGGCGACGAGAGACCUGCGCAAACCCUUCCACCAGUUCCAAGUGCCAGUUCACGCGCCAAGACUGCAGCGACAAACCUCAACGCCGACGCGACUCAAGUCCUACUCACACCUGCUGCCACCGGCCGAGACCCAGGUGCCCCCCCAGCCACGCACCACAGCAGUCAUAACUCCCAACUACCGGUCAACCCGCGACGCUCACUCUGCUCUGCCGCUGCUGGCCGGCUCGCCCGCCAAGAUGCGGCUCGUCUCCAAGUCGGACUCCUGGCUGGAUCUGCCAGCCGUCAACCGCCGGCUGCCGUCCGAGCCGCUCUGGUUCGCCGGCAUCAUUCUGCUGCUCACCGGCGGCAUCACUUGUAUUCUGUGCUUGUGGAUUCUGUCCAAGACUGGACGAAGAAAAUACUAUUUGGAUUUUGGAGCAAUAUCGGGAUUUGUGUGUUUGAUUCUUGGACUAGUUGGCUGUAGAACAGCUCGUUGGCUACCUCACAGGCACUAUGUAACAGGAUAUAUUCUUCUGAGCGCGUUCAGCUUGUUGGAAUGUGGAAUACUGGCAGUUCUAGCUUCGGACUCAAAUCAGCUGGACAAGAACAUAAUCGACAUCGCCGGUGGCGCCAUCUGCGGUCUGUCCGCUCUGUGCAUUCUGCUGGCCACACUCGGAUUCGUCACAUCGGCCUGCUGCAAUCUGCUUCCUCCCGAUUCGAGGAUAGCACACUCGGCACCGGGGUUCUCAAUUUGAAAUUGAUCACUUUUUUAUCUUGUAAAUAUAUUGUAACUUGUAAAUAAAUUGUGAAUAAAUAUGUGCAUAAUUUAGA